CAUGUUUUCAAAGAAAAAUGUCGUUUCAUCAUUGACUGUCAGUGGAUGACGAAUAAAACGUAUUGUAAUACUUUUGCAACAAACGGAAUAUAAAAGUGUUAACAAAUUUUUGUCGUCAUCAUUGACAGAGAAGUUCUUGUGGAGUACCAUUUGUGAACAUAAGUGUUAAUUAUUCAGUGCUACAAUAAUGGAGUUCCCUCACAUUGGAAAGAAUUGUUCAUACAAAUCAUGCAAUAAACUAGACUUCCUGCCCUAUAAAUGUGGAGGUUGUAAAGAAAUGUUCUGUUCUGACCACUUUGCGUACACAAAGCAUGAAUGUCCAGCACCGGAUAGACAGAACGUCCAGGUUCCAGAAUGCCCUUUAUGUGGUAAACCUGUGCCAGGAAAAAGAGGAGAGCCACCAGAUGUUGCUGUUGGAACUCAUAUUGAUAACCAAUGCACUUCAGACCCAGCUGUGGAAAGGCGGAGAAAAGUCUUCACAAACCGGUGCACAUUCAAAGGAUGCAAGAACAAAGAAAUGGUGCCGCUUGUUUGCAGCGAGUGCUCACUCAACUUCUGCCUUCGACAUCGACACGGCAGCGACCACGCCUGCGAGGGCAAGCUGGCUGCCAAGAGAAGACAGGCAGCUGAAGCAGCUAUGGCUAGGAUGAAAGCGGCCGAAAAUAAAAUGACACACGCGCCAGUUGCGGCAAAAGUUACAGCCUUCUCCGAAGUACAAGGAAACAUGACUGAAGAUGAGGCGUUGGCGCGCGCUUUAGCGAUGUCUAUGCAAGAAGAGAACACUAGUUUACAAGCACGAGACACGGCCUUUGCGCGUGCACUCGCUCGACAAAGGGUCGGGGGUGAGCAGAGCUCCAGGUGCACGGUCUCGUAGCAAGUAAAUUUAACAUAGUAAUUGUACCUAAUAACAUAAGAAGCUAUACAUAAAGUGCAACAGAAUAGUGUAUGUGCAGGCUAUGAAACUGAACAAUUUUCCCUUUAGACACAACAGUGAAAAUUUUUCAGUAUUAUAACCUAUUCUUAUUGUCGAUACUCAUUUCAAAAAAUCAUGAUUGAACUGUUAUCGUGUUACGGGACGUAUUCUCAUCUCAUCAAUAGCCUGUUCUCGUCCACUGCUAGACAUAUACCUCUCCAAUGGGACUUAUUACAUAUUAUUUAUUAUAUAACUGCCUCGUU